CCCGACAUGCCCUUCACUCGCACGUAGGGCUGGUUGUCGCAACAUCCAGCUUGCACCACCCGCUCCGUGACACGCCCGCCGCUCUCCCACCGGAUCGCCUGCCUAUCCGCUUCACUUAUCCGCACCUCCAACACUCCAGCUGCCCCACCGCGAUACAACUCAGCGUCCGCACCGCACCGCACCGCACCCCGCCGCCAUGUCGUCGGUUUGGAACCCCGACAACGUGCGAGACGUCGCCGAAUCGGUGGGCAUCGCCUCACUCGCCGACAACGUGGUCGACGAGCUGGCGCGCGAUGUCGACUACCGCCUGGCCCAGGUGCUGGAAGAAGCGCUCAAGUUCAUGCGACACAGCAAGCGGACAACGCUGAGCACACAGGAUGUAUCCAAUGCCCUAAAGGUAUUAAAUGUGGAGCCUCUCUACGGCUACGAGUCCACCCGCCCGCUCCGUUUUGGCGAGGCUUCACUCGGGCCCGGCCAGCCGCUGUACUAUGUCGAGGACGAGGAGGUCGACUUUGAGAAGCUCAUCAACGCACCGCUGCCUAAGGUGCCCCGCGAGAUCACAUUCACAGCGCACUGGCUCGCCGUCGAAGGCGUGCAGCCCUCCAUCCCCCAGAACCCGACCGCAAGCAACCAUGCCGAGCUGCUGCCGAAGGGGCCGAAUGCAAACCCGUACCUCGCUGCUGCCAACGGCCUGGACAACGUCAGCGUCAAGCCGCUUGUGAAACACGUGCUCUCCAAGGAGUCGCAGGAGCUGUUCGCCAAGCUGUCCAGCGCCCUCAUCGACGAGACAAACCCAGAGUGGCAAAACGCCGCCUUGGUGUCUAUUCGAACAGACCCAGGCAUCCAUCAGUUGACCACGUAUCUCCUCACCUUCAUCGCCGAGAAGGUCACACACAGCAUGAAAGACUUGUUCAUUCUCAGGCAAAUGAUGCAAGCCACAGAGGCGCUGCUGAAGAACCUAUCAAUCUAUCUCGACCCGUACAUACCCUACAUGGUGGCUCCUGUUCUGACGUGUUGUACGGGCAAACAUCUGGGCCCGUCGCAGCACCAGGCGCCGUCCAACGCUUCGUCAGAGACUCUUAAUGGGAGCAGCCUCAACGGUCACGGGCAGAAUCCACUAAAACAUUUCGAGAUCCGCGACAUGGCUGCAUCCAUACUCGGGGACAUGUGCAAAAGAUACUCUUCGUCGAAUCAAGGCCUAAAGUCCCGCAUUGCACGGAUAUGCCUGAAGCAAUUCCUGGAUCCAAACAAGCCUCUCGGUACGCACUACGGCGCGUUGGAGGCAUUAAUGCUCGUCACCGGCUUGGAAGGGAUGCGGAUGCUCGUUCUACCCAACCUCAAGAUAUACGACGAGGUGCUGAAAGAGGCGGUUGCCGACGAGUCAAAGAAGGCCGAGGCCGACAGGGUACUAGCGAUCAUCCUGAAAGGGCUUGAUAGAUUAGAGCGUUUACGAGUCAACACGAGGGUGAACGGGGUUGCAAACUUAGGAGGACUGCGGGAACGCCUCGUCGAGAAGGUAGGCGAGGUCAUCGCGGAGAGAGUGAUAGCAAGCGGCAGGUCGGGGGUCGCGCAGUUCCUCGGUCUCGACAAUGCGGGCAAGACGACGCUCCUCCACAUGCUGAAGAAUGACCGAGUAGCCGUCCUCCAACCCACUCUCCACCCAGCCUCCGAAGAACUCUCAAUAGGCAACGUAAAAUUUACCACCUUCGAUCUCGGCGGCCACGCCCAAGCCCGCCGCCUCUGGCGCGACUACUUCCCCGAAGUAUCCGGUAUCGUGUUCCUCGUCGACGCGAAAGACCACGAGCGGCUCGCCGAGUCGAAAGCAGAGCUGGAUGCGCUUCUCGCGAUGGAGGAGCUGGCGAGCACGCCCUUCGUGGUGCUGGGCAAUAAGAUCGAUCACCCGGAUGCGGUGAGCGAGGACCAGCUAAGGGCAGCUUUGGGGCUGUAUCAGACCACGGGGAAGGGUAAGGUGCCGUUGGAGGGCAUCAGGCCGAUUGAGGUGUUUAUGUGUAGCGUGGUUAUGCGGCAAGGAUAUGGCGAGGGUAUCAGGUGGUUGAGCCAGUACGUCUAGGCGCUCGAUCGACCGACUAGGUUUGGGACUCCAGGCUGCUUAGCUAGACAUACGGCAUCCUACGAACGUUCAAUGACGGGCAAAGGUGGAGCAUCUUCGGUGCACAUAGGAGUAGACUGC